GGUCUCAAAUGUUCAAAAAUUAUUUGGACAUCUGAUCAUGGCUUAUCACAUGCUCAUGUUCUGCUCCUUCCAUGUGGUAAUAUUUAUUAUUUUCAAUUUUGCUACAACAGCUUUGGGAAAUGGUGUAAAUGUCUGCACCUACACCUCAGUGGGUACUAGGACUGCCAGCUACCAAGACAGAUAUUAUUGUGGAGUUUGGGGAUGGUCAAGGUGUGCAAGAACCCGUUACUAUACUAAAACAUUCACCAAUUACUAUUAUAAGUGCUGUCCAGGUUGGAAGAAAAUUAAUGGACAAUGUGUAGAUCCUAUAUGCAGUCCCAACUGUCAGAAUGGUGGAACAUGCAUGAGACCAAACUAUUGCCGUUGCCCAGCUACACAUUAUGGCUCCCACUGUCAAUAUAGUCAGUGUUCCUGGAAGUUCCCAUGUUACCCUGGUACUUGCAGUUCUGGUACUAACUGUAGGUGUACACCUGGAUUUGGAGGAGCCCACUGUGGAAAUAUUAUCAGUGCUUCACAGAGCCCAACCAUAAUGUCUUGUAAGGCAACCAUGAGUGACCGGACAGGAAGUAGGGAUCACUUAGAGGCAGUGGCCAGCUGCCCAUCUAAAACAACAGUUUAUGUGAAGAAACAGGAUUGGAACCACAUGAGAAUAGAGUGGUCAAGCAGAUACAAGUUGACCACAGCACCAACUCGUCCUUCUUACAUUAGGGGUAUACUGCUUGGAAUUGUGGGAGGAAGUGCUCACCUGAGGUGGCACAGUCAAGAUGGAAGAUACCUUUUUGCUCAAACCCUUCCCUGCAAAAAUGGUGAUAGUGAAAAUAAGCCUAAUCAAGGCAACUCCAGUUGCACAGUUGAAUACAGUUUUCCUAGACAUACGUUAGAGCAUGGAGACAGGUUGGAAGUGGGUAUAUCAAGCAAGAAUGGAGGCUACAAGGCUGUGUUUAAUACAGAUACUAAUUCAGUUACAAACAAUGUGAUCAAAGGACAAGAAGCAACCAGAAAUUUCACUUAUAUUUUCGACUUUGAGGAACCAAAGCACAUUUGUCGUGACCUGGGAAAAUGUCCUGAAAAAGACUCUGAUUUAAUGACUUAUGUGGCAAAAAAUGAAACCCAGCCUCAGCUGGAGAUCCAGUGGGCUAACUGGAUAGAUGUGACAUCUGGUAUUGAGAAGUACGUCUACACCAUUAUCCGUGGUACCAUACAAGGUGGUUCACCUGUGCACACUGGGGAAUGGAGAAGUGGCAAUCCGUGGCCAAUAUACAUUGUGAAUACAGGAACUUAUGCUGUUCUUCUGAAAGUUGUGGACAAAGCUGGAAAUGAGGCAACUGUAAAAAAAGAGAUCAAUGUUGCUGAUCACCUGCCCACCAUUAGUCCAAAUUUUUGUCACAGCCAGAACUGUUACCCAGGAUUCUGUGUCCCUGACACUGGAAAUUGUAUCUGCACAGCUGGAUUUAGUGGGGACAACUGUAAUACAAUUAGUGGAGCUAUCCAAGAUCCUACCAUCAAGACAAUACAGAUUAUGCUGAGUGCAAAUGACAGCGCUCCCUUUGUGUAUGAGAAUGCAGCAGAAGAAUCAAAUGUCAUCAAUCUGUACACCAAUAAGCUUGACUUGGCAGAUUUGAAGUUAUCAUGGGAUGCUGCAUACAGAAUGAUAGGGGAUUUGCCAUCAUGGCCACCAUUUGUAUCCGAUUUCAAGUUAGGACUUGUUUCUUCUAAGGCUGAAAUAGAAAUCGAGUCAGUUGGAGGCAGUGCCAAAAAAGAGGCCACUCUAGACUGCCUUAAAGCUGACACCUCUUUGGAGUCCUUUGUAUCCUGCAGCCAAACCCACAGACUGUCUGGGUCUAGAAAAGACCGUGACAAACUAAAAAUUGCCCUCAAAGCUAGCAAUGGUGGCCACAAGAUUGUUUCUGGGCAAAAUGUUAAAUACCAAGGAAAAACAGUUCAGCGCCAAAUCAACAUCCACUAUGAUACUGAGCCUCCGUAUUAUAACUGUGCUGCUGGCACUGGAAAAUGUGAAGAUGAAGAAUUGAAAGUAGCAGUUGGACAACAAAUUAGUGUUACUAAGAAAGAGAUACUUCUGACCAUAUCAUGGGGUGAUAACUGGAAGGAUACAUUGUCUGGUAUUGCUAAUUAUCAUUACUUCAUAUACACCUACUUAAGCACCAAAGAAACAGGAUUGGGACAAGCCCCUCUUGCAAAUGGCUCUUGGACAGCUGGAGACAGGUUUCCAAUAUAUGAUGUGAAAAGCGAUAAAGCUGCAUUUACAGUUGUGCUCCAAGUGCAGGACAAGGCUGGGAAUAAUAUUAGAGUGAGACGUGAUAUUGACUUGACCAGUCCAAGAGUGUCCGCUUUACUUGGAAAUGGGCCAAGUGAUCAGGGCGAGGAUAAAAGCGGACUUCUAACAUUGCCAAUCUUCUUUAUGAUCCUGGCUGUUAUUGUGGUGGGUCUGGGAGCUGUGGCAGUAGUUCGUCGGAGGCGUGGUCAUCCUUGGUUAUGGAAAGAUGAAAAGUUGAAAUUCUGGCGACCAAAAAACAGGCAGGGAAAUGAAACUGUGGGUUACAAUAACUACACAUACGAUGUAGAUGAAGACCAAGGCAUUUACUAUGAGAGUGAGGCAUUUGGCAGAAGUGUGGAGAUUUCAAGCAGCCAUAUUGUUCUGGGAGAUACACUCUGCAAUGGCCAUUUUGCUAUAAUAAGACAUGCUGAGUGGACUCCUGAUAGACAGAAUUCUAUGGCAGUUAUUGCAAAAGUGUUGAAAGGUUAG